AUGUUUAAAACUUGGAGAAGACUAGUUCAUUCGAGUGCAAGGGCUUGCAACAAAUUCGAGUGGAUACAGCCAAGUGGAUCUGACUCUGGGAUCGUUGUUUAUAAUCCGGUGGCUAGAAAAAAGACUCCAUUGAUCUUAAGAAACAACAAUAUUGUCACAUGGUACAUGUGUGGGCCGACAGUCUAUGAUUCAGCUCAUAUUGGACAUGCUUGUACAUAUGUUAGAUUUGACACUAUCCGCAGAAUUCUAACGGAAUUUUUUGAUAUGAAUGUUGUACUUGUCAUGGGAAUGACGGACAUUGAUGACAAAAUUAUAAUGCGCUCCAAUGAAACUGGCAUGGACUGGAUGAAGCUUACUCAUAAUUAUGAAAAAGAAUUUUUCUCUGAUAUGGAUUCUCUUAAUGUCCUAAGGCCAUACAAGACUUGUAGAGUUACAGAUUAUAUACCAGACAUCAUUGCUUUUGUAAAAAAAAUUGUGGACAAAAAUGGAGCAUAUGUUGGCAAAGAUGGAUCUGUAUAUUUUAAUACAUCGAAUUAUAAAAACUAUGGAAAAUUAGAUUUGCCAUUAACGGAAGAUGAUGCAGAGAAAAAUCCACACAAAAAAUCUUCUCUGGAUUUUGCAUUAUGGAAGGCAGCAAAGCCACAAGAACCAUAUUGGGAAAGUCCUUGGGGUAUUGGCAGACCAGGUUGGCAUAUUGAAUGCAGUGCAAUGGCUAGUGCGGUGCUUGGAAACAAUAUUGAUAUUCACACUGGAGGUAUAGACUUGGCUUUCCCACAUCAUGAAAAUGAGGAAGCUCAAUCUUGUUGUCAUCAUGAUACACAUCAAUGGGUCAAUUAUUGGAUGCAUACAGGACAUUUACAUAAGUCAAAAGACAAGAAAAUGUCAAAAAGUUUGAAAAAUACGAUGAACAUACCUGAUUUAUUUAAAGAUCUUACACCUAAUCAGUUCAGGAUGCUUUGCCUUUUGAGUUAUUACAGAAAUAAUAUUGAGUACUCUGAUAUUAUUAUUCAAAAUGCAGUGAAUGCAUUGAAAAAAAUUGAAUUCUUUUUAAGUGAUUGUGAUGCUUAUGUUUCUGGAAAAUAUCAGGAUGGAAAUGUAGAUGGACCUAAACUUUUAAAAACUUUGGAAAAAACUAGGAAUGAAGUGAUCGAAUCUCUUAAAAAUGAUUUCCAUACUCCAAAAGCUGUUCACGCUAUUUUAAGUUUGAUUUCUGUUGGACAUGAGAUGCUCCAUCAAAAACAGACAGAAACUGUCGCAAGAGAUUCCGCAAGUGUUGCGGCUGUAUCGAGUUAUUUACAAAGAUUAAUUUCCAAACUGGGUAUAACUCAAUCAACAGCUUUAAAACAAAGCUGUGAUCUAUCUAACGUACUAGAUAUUUUUAUUGAUUUCCGAAAUGACAUUCGAAAUAAGGCUAUUGAGAAAGACGUUAAAGAUGUGGAAUCUUUGAAAGCUUGCGACAAUGUCAGAAAAAGACUGUCUGACUGUGGAGUUGACUUAAGAGAUCAGAAAGGAAAAUCUCUAUGGACAAUAAGACAGUAG